UUGAUAUUUUAAAAAUAGGUUUUGAUUGAACUUUUGAAUUUACUGAAAUUCAAUAAGUCAACAAUGGAAUUGGAUUCCGUUGGAUGGUACUAACGGAAUCGAUUGCUAAGGCCCAUUUCUUAUUGUUAUUGAUUCAAUUAACCGAUCAACUUAUUUUGUUAUCGAACAUUUAUUUAUUUUUGAUUUCAGCCAUUUUCGCAAAAAUUUUUGACAUAUUUAAUUAUGAGAAUAAAUCCUACUACUUCUGGUCCUGGGGUUUCCGCACUUGAAAAAAAAAACCUGGGGCGUAUUGCUCAAAUCAUUGGUCCGGUACUGGAUGUAGCUUUUCCACCCGGCAAGAUGCCUAAUAUUUACAGCGCUCUGGUAGUUAAGGGUCGAGAUACCGCUGGUCAACAAAUUAAUGUAACUUGUGAAGUACAGCAAUUAUUAGGAAAUAAUCGAGUUAGAGCUGUAGCUAUGAGUGCUACAGAGGGUCUAACGAGAGGAAUGGAAGUGAUUGACAGAGGAGCUCCUUUAAGUGUUCCAGUCGGCGGAGCUACUCUAGGACGAAUUUUUAACGUACUUGGAGAGCCUGUGGAUAAUUUAGGUCCUGUAGAUACUCGUACAACAUCUCCUAUUCAUAGAUCUGUGCCUGCCUUUAUACAGUUAGAUACAAAAUUAUCUAUUUUUGAAACAGGAAUUAAAGUCAUAGAUCUUCUAGCCCCCUAUCGUCGUGGAGGAAAAAUCGGACUUUUUGGGGGAGCUGGAGUGGGUAAAACAGUACGCAUUAUGGAAUUGAUCAACAACAUUGCCAAUGCUCACGGGGGUGUAUCCGUAUUUGGCGGAGUGGGUGAACGUACUCGUGAAGGAAAUGAUCUUUACAUGGAAAUGAAAGAAUCCGGCAUAAUUAAUGAACAAAAUAUUGCCGAAUCAAAAGUGGCUCUAGUCUAUGGUCAGAUGAAUGAACCACCCGGAGCUCGUAUGAGGGUUGGUUUAACCGCCCUAACUAUGGCAGAAUAUUUCCGAGAUGUUAAUGAACAAGAUGUACUUUUAUUUAUCGACAAUAUCUUCUGUUUUGUCCAAGCAGGAUCUGAAGUAUCCGCUUUAUUGGGCAGAAUGUCUUCUGCUGUGGGUUAUCAACCCACCCUUAGUACCGAAAUGGGAUCUUUACAAGAAAGAAUUACUUCUACUAAAGAGGGGUCCAUAACUUCUAUUCAAGCAGUUUAUGUACCUGCGGACGAUUUGACCGAUCCUGCUCCGGCCACGACAUUUGCACAUUUAGAUGCUAAUAGAGCGUUUUGUUAA